AGUACAAUUCAAAAUGGUAGACGAAAAUAAUGCAAAGGUUGAUGAAAAAGUCUUGCAGUAUGAAGAAUUUAUCGAUAAAAGGCUUAAGAAAGACCUCGAGGCAGUAUAUAAAGCAAAGGAGGAUUUAUACAAUAAGAUUAAUGAACAUCUUCAGCUAAAAUCUACAAUAAUUCAGAUUAAAAAGUCGAGGAGUUUGGGUGAAAAGAACGACUUGAAAACUAUGGUGGAUUUGGGGAACAAUUUCUUCUGUCAAGCUAGAGUUCCUGAUACGUCAAUGAUAUUUGUUGCUGUGGGUUACGGAUUCUAUGUGCAGUUUAGUUUGGAUGAGGCAUUAGCAUUUAUCGAAAAGAAAUGCAUUUUAUUAAAUAACUCAGCUGAUAAACUAAACAAGGAAGCAGCGAAGAUAAAAGCUCAUAUAAAAACAGUUUUGGGAGGAUUGCAAGAGCUACAGCACUUAGGAAAAUUAAAUGAAUAGUAGUUAAAAGGUACGCUAUAGGAGAAUGAAAGUUAUUGCGAAAUAAGUUAUAGUCACGCUUGUUGUUUAUAGAAUUAUUGGAAGUAUGAUGCGCGUAUGUUCUCUUAUUCGACAUAGCAAUGAUCAAAAGUCAAGAGGAACCAUGAUUACAAAUCCCUGCAAAGUUUUGAUUAUUGAAAAGACCACCAGAAAAAUGACAAAUUCUCACAGUUAGUCAUUUUCUGUCAAAGUAAGCAAGUGUUAUGUUAGUCCCCAGUCCUCCUGGCAAUUUCAAUCUCAAUGGAAAUAGAUUUGCACAGGUAGUACCUGACAAAUUUUUUUUAGUUUUGCCUUCAGUUCAGCUAAGUUUCUGUUCUGCAGUAUCUCAGUCCAUUCAGCAACAGAAAAUCAAAGGCGCUAUAGAACACUUUCAUAAUUGCCUACCAUUGAUUUUAUACAAUUGACAAUAUUAUGGAAACAUUCAGUACUGUUAUAUGAGAAAACUAUCACAAAUAGCUAUUUGUGGAAAGUUUUCAAUCUAUGGACAAAAUACUAACAAAGUUUAUGGAGGAAUAAAAAUACAAGGAUUUGUAUGGAAUUCUUCGCUGAGGCCUUGGUAGCCUCGUGCUGGUUCACCCUUAUAACUUCAAGAGGAUUUAAUUUUUUUCUGUGAAACUUUCAGAACUUAUCUUUAGCUUUGAUAUCUAUCAUCUGAGUGUUUUCUUUUGUCAACAUUUUGAAUUUACUGUAACAAUAAUACAAUGUAUGCUAAUCAG